AGCGCAGCCGCCGAGCAGCGGCCAGAGAGAUUGCCAGACAGAUACAACCCUCCUCGCUCCGCAUGCGCUCGUGACCGACACCUCGUCCUCCAGCCCCCGGUCUGGCCGCGCCGCUGCCGACUGUAACUCCCACUGAGGGCGGCUUCUCGCGCCAAUAGCCUCGCAGCCUCCCGCUCCGACGGCCGCCAGCAGCAUGUCCCGCUUCACAAAGACAAAGCCAGCCAAUCUCACCAUUGAUGCGACGAAGAGCAAGGAAGAUGUGCCUGCGCCACAAGCGAGCCCGUUGAUGGACCUACAAGGCAUCGACCUGUCUUCCUUUGGCGGUGACUUCAGCGCGAACCUCAUCAGCCUACCGGCAUUACAACAAUCCAUCCCCACCUCCCCCACAAUCGCCCAGGAUGCAUCUUCAAAGUCAUUCAAGCCGGCAUUGAACAAUCGCACAACUUCCGAGCUGGAACAAAGGGCCGAGCUGCCUCCGCCAAGAAAGCUGGCGAAAGACGAUGACGAGUUCAGGCCGAAUAGCAGCAGCAUGUCGAAGAUAUAUCACCUGAGGAAGAACCCGGGCAGUACGCCGGAGUUGAGUCUUGUCGGCAGCGCAGAGAGUGUCAGGAAGAAGUCGGACGAUACAAACACGACUCAGGCAAGCGAAGUCUUGCCGCAACCGUCACCGAACCGGCAAGAGGACGCCAGCAGCACCAGACGGCGAGAGAGGACAUUUCGCAACCCGCUAUCACGCACAAAGUCAAUACGAAGAGACUCGAGCUCCAGCAAAACCAAGCCAAACACCAAAGAUCUGUUCGACCGUCCUCCGAAAACCGCACCGCUACAGUCCGACUGGCAGAGCUCGUCGGAUUUGCUGACCGCGAAGCACAGAGAGAAGCGUGGCAAGUCGGCGGAACGCGCGAUCGCAAGUGAGAGCGAGGACGGAACGCCAGUCGACAGGAUGGCGACAAGGGACAAGUUCAUGUCAGGAAGCAAGAAUGUCAUGCACAAGGCGAAAACGGGCGGUGGACAGCUGCUGAACAAGCUCGGCAAGAUUGGCAGAACAGCGAAUCACCAGGUUCCGGACAGCGAAUGGAAACCGAGCAUCAUCACCCUGCCGCUGGUUGAGCAGACGCGCGUCACACGGAUUAGCAAGGAUCUCGAGAGCUGUCGGGAUAAGACCGAGUACUGGAUGCCCAGCUUGCCGUGGAGAUGCAUCGACUACCUCAACCUGAACAGCGAGUCCGAGGGGCUGUAUCGCGUCCCCGGCAGUGGACCACAAGUCAAGCGCUGGCAACGUCGCUUCGACACCGAGCUCGACGUGGACCUCCUCGAUGAAAAGGAGCUCUACGACCCCAACACCAUCAGCAGCCUGCUCAAAUCCUGGCUUCGCGAACAACCCACCGAGCUUUUCCCCUCCCACACGCAAGUCUCCCUCGGCGUGGAGCUGGCCAAAGCAAAUCCGGACUAUAACAAAGUCGGCCAGCCUGCGCCCCAGCUGCUCCGCGACGCCCUGUCCGAACUGCCCCCGCACAACUACUACCUCCUCUUCGCCAUCACCUGCCACCUCAGCCUCCUCCUCGGACACACGGACAAGAACAAAAUGGACCUCCACAACCUCGCCGUCUGCAUCGGCCCGUGUCUACGCAUGGAGCGCUGGCUAUUCAACUACCUCGUAGGCGACUGGCGCAACUGCUGGCAGGGCUGCUUUACAGAGAAACACUUCCUCGCAGUGGAGAAGGCAUGGGAAGAAGGGCGCGACCUAGACUCCGACACCGAGCUAGCAGGCGCCACGCGCUCGCUCUCCAUCCCCGAAAACGCCCUCCGUCGCCACCAAGAGAACGUCCACCCCGAGCAGUCCCUCUCCGCCCUUCCGGACUACACGCACUACGUCAGCGGCAGCCUGCCCAAUCCCGGGUUCAGCAAGAACAUCGUCGUCCCGGAGAUUGUGCAGCGUCCUGCUACCGCUCAGGGGGAGGCGACACCGGAGACUUCCCCUGCUGCCGUGCCGCAGAGACCUAAGUCGCACAGUCGUAGUCAUAGCGAUGUUCCCAUGUCGCCUACUCAGCCGUCGUCGCUGAGCUUCCCGUUCAAGGUGCGCAAUGGGUGAGCUGAGGCAGGUUUGCAACAGCGAUGGAUGGGAUGACGUGCAGGGAUGCGUUUGGGAGAGACAAUGAUUGAUACUGCCAUGGGCAGAACACGAAGUUGUGAUGACACUGUCCGCUCAGCGGAAGAAGCGAAAAUCCUCGCUUCCUCCUGUCGAUGUUUGAGUUCAGGGGCUGGCGCAUGUGGCAUGCAAGCGAUUGAAACGAUAUGAGAGCAUUGAGGGAACGGGAAUGACUUUUUGUUUGUCCUCUUUUUGCCCCCCGUUCGGGGAUGCAUUUG